UAUUUAAUUUAUUUUUACGAACUUAAAUUUCACAGUCCUAUACUGGUAAUUUCAUUUAAUUACAUUAAAAGCGACGUUAUAAUUAAUCACUCUUAAAAUGGAGGCUACCAUAACUACAGGAAUUUUACUUUCUAUGUUUACAUCACUGGUUUAUGCUGAUGUGAAAUCAACAGUUGUAUUUUCUCCGUCCGAGUUGGAGAUUAAUAGUAAAUUGUAUAACAACUCGAUUAAACUCGCUCUACGUUAUGGAUUCCAACAAACAUCGGAAUGUAAUGAUUUCCCAAAGGCCUAUAUAUGUAUUCAGAAAUGUUUAGAUUUAGGGUUUGAUACCGCUUAUUCGGACAGAUAUUGUUUUUGUACAUGCUAUCACAAGAAAGGGAAAGCUAAACAUACAACCCGUGCUACCGCUACUAAAACAAAAUGGAAACUUGGUGCUCCAAAAACAAAACUACCUGCUUGGGCUUCAACAGCUAAAAAUCAUACAGAAGUUGAAUACAUAUUAGUAGAUGGUAAUGCAACCGUACCUACAAAUGAUAAUUCCACAUCUGAUGGAGGUACUCAUGUAACUGACAAUUCUACUGGAGUAACUCCUAAAGGCGACAGCAAUUCUACAGCAACAGCAAUAGAUGGAGAGACAGGAACUGGUGGAACAGGAGGGGCACAUAAUGGUACAACUGUACCAGGUGGUACUAAUAAUCCACCAGGUAGUGACGGUGCAAAUACAGGAGGUGGAGGUGCCGAUACAGGUGGUACUAAAAAUCCCGGUUCAAAUCCACCUAACAGUACACCUGGAGGUACAGAAAAACCAGCUGCUUCCACUUAGAACCUGCUGCGUGUGUAAGAUCAAUGUCUCAAAAUAAUAAACCCAUUGUAUUAUUCUUUA